AUGUACAAGAAAUCUGUAAAUUUUGACAAAUAUUCUUCUUUUAGAAACAGCAGCAUAAGCGAGAUUAAUAGCUGGGUGGAUGCUGUUGAUCAAGAACAUAGUUUGCGGGAAACUAGACGAACUGAGAUAAUGAAAGAUGGACUUAAAAUUGUUACCGAUUUUAUUGAAAAUGAGGUCAAUGGAACUAAGAAGAUGUCGAAGGUUGUCACAACAUACAAAGUCAUUACAAAAAAAGUUCCUCGAGUCGUUGCAGAACGCAAAAAGUGGAAAAAGUUUGGUCAAUCAAAAGAUGAUGGUCCAGGUCCUCAUAUCAACACAACUUAUGUGGCUGUUGAAGUUGAAUUACAAUUUCUUCAUAAUAAAUUUGGGGAGACUGACGACCUUUUAAUGGAUGAAAAGGGACAAGCAACAAAAGGAAUGCAUUGUCGUUUAUGCAAAUCUGAUGAACAUUGGAGUACUCAUUGUCCUUAUAAGGAGCAUUUCAAAGGAAAUGAAGAUUCUGAUUUGGCUGAUAAAUCUGCUGCUACAAGAAUUGGUGGUGGUCCAAGUCAAUUACCUCGUGGUACUUAUAUACCGCCAUCUCUGCGAAAUGUUGGUAGUGGGGCUGCUAUUGGAGUUUCUGAACGUCAUUCGGAUGAGACAACUGUUCGUAUAACUAAUUUGCCUGAGGAUUCUGAUACUUUGGAAGAUGAUUUGAGGGGAAUGUUUUCUAAAGCUGGAAAGAUAUUGCGCUCAUAUGUUGCUCGAGAUAAAAUACAUAACAAGCCAAAAGGAUUUGCUUUCAUUACUUUCGCGCAGAGAAACGAGGCAGAAAAUGCAAUUCAAAACUUUAAUGGAGCUAAAUUUGAACAUUUGAUUCUUAAAGUGGAAUGGACAAAGUUAGUUAUUUUGUGA